AUGGUGCGAAUUACGGCGCCAGGUCAUCACUUAAUAGAAAACCCUUCUCUCGCCACCGUUGAUCUCACCGCCGGUCCUUCUCGCGUGGUAGCUACGCGUAGCCAUUCCCCCGAGGAAGCUGAUGGAGAUGGCAGUGAUCGUCAUUCUCUUCGCGGUUUGUUCUCAGACGACGGCGACUGCAAUACUUCAGACGGGGAAUCCCCACCCCUUAUCAAAAGCGAAGCGAAAGAAGAAACUGGCCUGGUUAACUUUCCAUCGGGGGCUCAGGGUUCAAGGCUUGGCUGCAAUAAAUGUGCGUUCAUCCUCUCCCUCAGGCUCUCCGGCUCGCUGACUGACGCCGGCGCAACAGUUGGACCGAUCAUCGUUGUCGACGACACGAUGGAACUUUGCGGUGAAGAGGAGCCGCACCCGGAUCAGCCUCCACACGUUGACGACAUCAGCCUUCCUUGCGAAGAUGACUCCUGUGGCGACCUUUCAUUGAACCACGUUACCCUCAACGAUAUUAGCCUCCAAGCCGUCAUUGCCGGCGGCGAGGCGCAAGAGGGAAACGACAUAGAAUAA